AUGGAGUACGAUGCAGAAUUUAAUCGGUUAGCGGAGCAUUGUCCUCAUCUUGUUGCUCAGGAUAGCAAUCGGUUAGAUCAGUUCACCCAGGGCCUUACAGCUUAUAUCUGUGUCAAGAUGUCAGGUUUUACUCCUAGCACUUACCUGGAGGCAUUAGAUCGAGCUUUGGUUAUUGAGAUGACACAAUUGUCAGUUCAUCGGAUGCAUGGAUUAGCGGUAUCUUUACCCUCGGGAGAUAUACUAAAUAUCAGUCAGGAGAUUAAAGAAUGCCCAUUGGAAUUCAAGAGCCAAACACUUAUGGUGGACUUACAGGUUUUGGAUAUGCUAGAAUUUGACAUUAUUUUGGGUAUGGAUUGGUUGGCAAAGUAUUAUACCACCGUCGACUGCAGCGUGAGAGUAGUUACAUUUAGACCUCCAGGUCAACCAUCUUGGGUAUUUAUGGGUACCAAGGAUGAUGGGAUUUCUAUUAUCUCAACACUGCAAGCUCGAAGAUUAUUGUUCCAAGGUUGUCAGGAGUAUUUGUUAUCUAUGAUUAAGGUUGAUCAGGAUCAUACUUCACAGCCUUCGGACAUUCCGAUAGUUCGAGAAUACCCUGAUGUAUUUCCAGAUGAAUUACUUGGCCUGCCCCCAAGAAGGCAAGUGAAGUUCACGAUUGAGUUGAUUUCAGGGACAUCACCGGUAUCAAAGGCUCUGUAUCACAUAACACCUAAAGAAUUAGAGGAGCUGAAGGUGUAG